AUGACCAUUGGCUUCAGAUCGCUCUUACCCAUACGCCGAAUUGCUAUACCUUCUCGAGCGGUAAUCCGAACAUCGCGUCAAAUCCGAUACAAUUCUACCAUCCCUCCUUCUUCGCCUGCUGCAUCCCGACCUCAAGCAUCAUCGUUGAGUACAGCAUGGUAUGCAUUCUCCCUUGCACUAUUCGCAGGAGCUGGUUAUCUGAUAGGUAACGUCGGUACUUUACCUCCAUCAACAUCAUUGGUAGAUUCAGCAUUCGCAAUAUCACAUCAAUUAGCUAAUCAACCUAAAUACGGUUCACAUAAAGAUUAUCAAUCUGCUAUCAAAGAUUUGAACGCUUAUUUUAGUGAAAAAGGUAAAGAAGAUAAAGUUUCAAUUGAUGAUGCAGAUUUAGAAACUCAUGGCAUAUCAGAUUGGUCUUAUCAUCCAGCUAAAAAACCGACUGUAGUAGUUUGGGUAGAUUCGACAGAAGAAGUUCAAAACGUAGUUAAAAUAGCUCAAAAAUGGAAAGUACCCAUCACUCCCUUUUCAGGUGGUACUUCAUUAGAAGGUCACUAUAGUAGUCCAUUCGGAGGAAUAUCGUUAGAUGUCUCGUUGAUGGACAAGAUCAUUCGAGUAUCAGAAGCAGAUGGAGACGUGAUUGUUCAACCCGGAGUCAAAUGGGAAGAUCUGAAUGCUCAUUUGGCUAAAGAAGGCGUACCGUUAUUCUUUCCUUUGGAUCCUGGACCAGGUGCUACUAUAGGCGGAAUGGUAGGUACAGGUUGCUCGGGUACCAACGCAGUCAGGUAUGGUACUGCCAAAGCAGAAUGGUUCUUGAACCUCACCGUUGUUUUACCUUCUGGAGAAGUGAUCAAGACUCGUCAGAGAGCAAGGAAAUCAGCUGCAGGAUGGGAUACGACAAAGUUAUUCGUUGGAGCAGAAGGUACUUUAGGUAUCGUUACCGAAGCCACAUUAAGAUUGGCUCCUUUAUUACCCACAAAAUGUGCGGUAGUCAAUUUUCCAGGUGUAGAAGAUGCCGUCAAAGCAGCUACUGAAGUUGUCAACGCUGGCUUUCCUGUACAAUGUGUCGAAUUCCUCGAUGCAAGAACUAUAGAUGCUAUAAAUAAAGGUGGAAUGGUCAAGAAUAAAUAUCCACUUGCCGAUACUCUGUUCUUCAAAUUCCAGGGAUCCGACUCGGCAAUGUCCGAAGUAUCCAAGAAUGUUCUUACAGUUGUGAAUAAACACGGAGGGAAGAAUUUCGCAUUUUCAAAGAAUGAUGAAGAGGCUAGAAGUCUAUGGGAAGGUAGGAAAGCUGCUUUGUGGAGUGUAUUAGCUUUGAAAGAGAAUUCAAGAGUUUGGACCACAGAUGUUUGCGUACCAAUCUCGAGAUUGCCUAGGUUAGUGAGGGAGACGACUGAAGAUUUCGAGAAAAGGGGAAUCACAGCAUGUCAUUUCGGUCACGUCGGAGAUGGAAACGUUCAUUCUUUAGCUUUGUUCAGUAACGACGAAGAAUUGGCUGUUGUCGAACACGCAGUUCACGAUAUGGUAGAAAGGGCAAUCAAGUUGGAUGGUACUUGUACAGGCGAACAUGGUGUUGGUGUGGGGAAGAUAGGUUAUUUACCUAUGGAAUUGGGUGAAGGGACCGUCAAUUUGAUGGAGACUGUUAAGAGGACAAUCGAUCCUCAUAAUUUGUUCAAUCCCGGAAAAAUUUACCCAAAUAUAAAACCACAACACCAGUGA